AUGUCACACACGCCACUCCCCCAUCCGCGCAGAAUCGUCACCGGACACGACGACCAGGGGAAAGCGAUCUUCCUCGCCGACUCGCGCAUCCACUUGGAAGUGACCAAGCUGGGCGCCAGCCUCGGCGUGCUCUGGGAGACGAAGCAAGUCCCGGCCGAUAAUUCUGGGAAGGAUGAUCCCGCAUCCUCGAGGACGACGGAUCUCGCGAACAAGAGCGGGGUGGUGCUCAGGGUUGUGGACAUUGAGCCCGGUACGACGCAGGCCAAGAUGCUCUUCCAUAGGACCGAGUCGCUCGACUUUGGGAUUCUGUUCGACGGUCAAGUCUCAUGUUAUUUGGACGACGGCGCUAGAGUCGACAUGGAACCCGGCGACGUGUGUGUCCAACGCGGCACGAUUCACGGAUGGACAAAUACCGGCCCCAAGACGGCACGAAUGUAUUUUUGCUUGAUAGCCGCGGAGCCGGUCAGAGCGGGAGACAAGGUGCUCGGGGCGCAUGGAUACCACAAGGACGAUGUCGCGACGGGCGGAACUCAAGAGGUCUAG